UCAAGCAAAACUACACGGCCCAGAGAUCCUUGCGGUGCAGAAGGUCACCGGGAAAGGAAACUACGGAAGCAUGAAUUACGCUCGCUUUCUAACAGCUGUGAGCGCGGCCAGAAAACCCUCCGCCAUCCGCCUGCUGACGGAGCUCCAGCAGCGCUCGCCUCCGUCUCUGAUCUCUCUGGCCGGAGGAGCCCCGAACCCGAACACCUUCCCCUUCCAGUCGGCCAGUAUCACUGUGAGGGGUGGAGAUGCUCUGCUGCUGGACCACACGCUGAUGAAGAGAGCGCUCCAGUACUCCGGCUCAUACGGUAUUCCAGAGCUUCUGUCGUGGAUGAAGGAUCUGCAGAAGAGUCUUCACAAUCCACCUACAGCCUCCUUCAGUGCAGAGAGAGGGCAGAUGGAGAUGUGUGUGACCACCGGCAGUCAGGAGGGCCUCUGCAAGAUUUUCGAGAUGCUGGUCAGCUGUGGUGAUAAUGUCCUCCUGGACGCUCCCACAUACUCAGGAACACUGGCGGCUCUCCAGCCGCUGGGUUGUAACAUCAUCAACGUGUCGAGUGAUCAGCACGGCAUGAUCCCUGAAGCCCUGCAGAAAAUCCUGAAGGUUUGGGACCCUGCGGACGAACGCAAGCCCAGAGUCCUGUACACCAUCCCCAAUGGAGGAAACCCCACCGGAGCCUCCAUGACCCUCGAGAGGAAGCAGCAAGUCUAUGAGCUUGCAAGGAAAUACGACAUGCUCAUCAUCGAGGACGACCCGUAUUACUUCCUGCAGUUCCAGAAACCGUGGGCUCCUACAUUUCUCUCCAUGGACGAGGACGGACGUGUGCUGCGAACAGACUCCUUCUCCAAGAUCCUUUCAUCAGGCUUGCGGAUUGGUUUUGUCACGGGCCCGAAGCCAUUGGUGGAUCGAGUGGUUCUGCACAUCCAGGCCUCCACCAUGCAUACCAGCACCUUCACACAGCUCAUAGUCUCUCAGCUCCUGCAUAACUGGGGUCAAGACGGUUUUCUCAAACACAUCAACAGCGUGAUUGAGUUUUACAGGUCUCAGAGAAACGCCAUGCUCUCCUCAGCUGACCGAUGGCUCAAAGAUGUGGCUGAAUGGCAUCCUCCACUCGCCGGCAUGUUCCUCUGGAUUAAAGUCAAGGGUGUUGAAGACACACAGAAGCUGAUAAUGGAGAAAGCGCUGGAGAAAGAGGUUCUUCUGGUUCCUGGAGGAGUGUUUAACAUCAACAGCUCAGAUCCCUGUCCAUAUGUCAGAGCCGCUUUCUCUCUGUCCACACCAGAGCAGAUCGAUGAGGCCUUCAGGAGACUCGCUGAUCUGAUCAGAGAAUCUGUGUGAGAGUCAGUGAGUGGAGGAGAUCACAAAUCAGGACAGAGCUGUUGAUUACAUGCUGCUGACGCACACACACAGAGAGAGAAAGAGGGAGACACACACACACACAUACAUGCAUAGAGUCACAACAUACACACAGGUACAGAUAAACAAACAGAUACACACACAGACACAAACUGAUACACAAACACAGAAAGACAGAUCCACACACACAGAUAAACACACAUACACACUACUUCCGGUCCGUUUCUGCCUUUUUUGCACACAACACACCCAUAAAUCCCCCUUGAGUUUGUAACACACACUCUGAUCGUUCAGCUUCAUACUUUGUUUACAGCGCAAUGAGGGAAUGAACUCUUUUACUGUCAUGGAUUUACACCGUCUGGAUCCUAAUGUGAUUUUACAGCAGCUUUAAUGUGUGUGUAACCAUCAGACCCUCAAUAAAUAAUAAUAAUAAUAAUAUUAAAAAUAAUUAAAUAGUUGCCGGAUGAUGACGGCUAAAGCGGUUAUGGCUAGUUAGCAGUUUUUAACUAGCUGUCGUGAACAAAUGACUAGUGAAUGUAUUAAUAUCUUGGAUGUAGAAGCUUUUAAAUGACUUCAUGUUGAGUUUUAUUGCAGAUGGUUAUGAUGCAUUCAUGAAUUAAUAAUAAUAAUAAUUAUUAAAUCCAUCUCUUUUUGUUCUUUCAAUUGUUGUGGGAAGGAUAAUGCUAAUAAAUUGGAUUCUUUUA